AACCCUACUAGGUUAAGCGAAUUUUCUUUGAAUUUGCCAAAUUCUUUGCUGCUGCUGCUCUUCCACUCAACACACAACAUGAAUUAUGAACCCAAUCCUUCUCUCACUUUGAGUUUAUCAGCAAUCGAGCUCAAUCUCGACCCUGAACCCAACCCUUCAUCUAUUCCUUCUUCGUCGUUGUCUUUGCUCAGAGUCGAACCCCAAGUUUUCCCCUGCAACUACUACCGGAGAACAUUUUACAGUUCACAAGCUCUUGGAGGACACCAAAAUGCUCACAAACUCGAGAGAACCUUAGCCAAGAGAACCAGAAAACUAAGUGCAAGCUUUCAGCCCAGAUCGAGUUCCACUGAUAUUAGCAAUGAAACGAGAGAAGUGAAUUAUUAUCAGUGGAAAAAGGAAUAUAAAGCUGAUAGUCAUGUUCAAGAAGAGCUCAGCCAGGUCGAUUUAUCUCUAAGGCUUUGACGUUCCAUGCAAAAUUGUUGGAUGAAUAAUUUUUUGCUUAAAAUACACGAUUUUAAAUAAAUAAAUUUAACAAUUUAAGCUUUAGAUGAGAUAAA